ACAGUAAAUUGCGGCAACAAAAGGUUGACUUGCAAGCGUUAUAGAUUGCUACCAUCCAUUCUCUUUAUUUACUUCCUUCUCCGUUCUAAUUAGAAGCUUGAAACAAAUAUCAGAAAAUAUUUCAAGAGAAACAAAGAAAUGAGACUCGGAUCUGCUUCUUGGAGCUUCAUCCUAUGCACCCUACUUCUCUCUUUGAUUCUACAAGACAGUGGCGCUAGAGAGAUAUCAACAACAUCAGGGAAAUAUGUUCAACUGAAGGAAGUAUCCAAUGAUAUGCAAAAGCUUGCAACAGAGGGUCUUGUACUUAACAAUAUUUUGCAGCUUGAAGGCGCUGCUGUAGAAAUCAGUAUGAAGCAUGUGCAUGAAGAUGAAGAUGAUGACGAUGAUGAUGAUGAUGAUGAUGAAGAUGAUGACGACGACGACGACGACGACGACGACGACAGGGUGAAUAAAGGAAAGCGAGUUGAUAAAGAAGAACACAAAAAGAUAAUUGGAAAGGAUGUGCAUGUGGAUCACAAUCACAUGGACCUUGAACUGAAUGUGUUUUUCACCCCAAGUGAUUUAAAGGUUGGGAAAAUAAUGCCAAUUUAUUUUUCCAAGAAAAAUUCUUCAACAUCUCCAAAAUUUCUGACCAGAGAAGAAGCUGAAGAGAUUCCUUUCUCAUCAAAACGGCUAUCUUUCCUUCUCAAAUUCUUCUCUAUCUCAAAACACACUCCCCAAGCCAAGGCUAUGAAAUAUACACUCAAACAAUGUGAAUUUGAAUCCAUGGAAGGAGAGACAAAGUUCUGUGCUACAUCUUUAGAGUCUUUGUUUGAUUUUGCUCGUUAUAUGUUCGGAUCCAAUGCGCAAUUCAAAGUUUUGACCACUACCCAUCUCACAAACUCCACAGCCCUUUUACAGAACUAUACAAUCUCAGAAGUGAAAGUAAUUUCAGUUCCAAACAUCAUAGGAUGUCACCCCAUGCCUUACCCAUAUGCAGUUUUCUAUUGCCACAGCCAAAAGAGUGACACAAAGGUGUAUGAGGUGUUAGUUGAAGGUGAGAAUGGAGGGCGAGUUCAAGCUGCAGCUAUUUGUCACAUGGACACUUCUAAGUGGGACAAGGAUCACGUGUCCUUUCGGGUGCUCAAUGUUAAGCCCGGAACCUCUCCAGUGUGUCACUUUUUCCCUCCUGAUAAUCUAGUUUGGGUGCCUUUGAUUGGGGCUCCAUAACAAGUUCCAAGUUCCUGAUCAAGGUUGUUAUGUUUGCCCAUUAGUUCUAGGCCUUGUGUACUAGGAAUUAGAAAAGCGCUUAUUGGUGAAAAACCCAUGUAUCUAUGUUAAUAAAGAUGUUAUUUUGGUGUGUUUUAGUAAUCUGAAUCUAAUGGUUAUCUUGUGCAUAUGCUUAUUUAAUUAGUUAUGGAUGAAGCUUCAAAGUUGGGCUUGCUAACUAGAAAGUGUAGCGUGAGCGUGUAUUAAGUGGCAAAGAACAUAUACAUGAUAACUAUUAGUUUGUUACAAAUUCCC